AUGGAUCAGUUCUUGGCUAAUUUCAUCGACCGUCAACUACCAUCCUGUAUCCUCGCCUCAGGUCAUCUCAACGAUCAUCGCAAAUGGCUCCUUCGAUUACCCGACAUCGCAUCACUGACUCCGGCCAUGGAGUAUGCCAUCCUAUCUCUCAGCACUGCGGCCUUGGAGGGAGAUGGCUCCUCUGGCGGCCAGAGCCUAAAGCUAUACACUAGAGGACUGUAUGAGCUACAAAAAGCGAUUGAUGAUCCCAAGAUGAGAUUAGAUGACCAAACUCUUGCAGCUUGCGUCUUUCUCGGUAUGUUUGAGUUCGCAGAGUGUCCAGGACGAAGCGUCAGCGCAUACAUGAGGCAUUAUCAGGGGGCCAUGGCACUCUUGCAACUUCGUGGGCCCGAGCAGCACAUCGGUGGCCUGGCGCACGAUGUCUUCCAAGUACUGAGGAUGCAUACUGCGUUUCAAGGUCUGGCCCAGGGUUAUGGUGGUCAAUUAGCCAAGCCAUCAUGGAUGGAAGGACCAUGGAUAUCGAAAUCCAAGACUAUGCACGACCUACUUCUCGAUAUCUUUCUUCAAGUUCCGGAACAUUUAUCCAGAAGCAGAGCGGUUAUAUCUUCACCGCUAACUCAAUCUUUGUAUACUUCUGGCCUUAAAACGUUUACCGGUCUACUAGCCCUCGAUGGACAACUCAGUCAAUGGUUCGAGUCAUAUCAAUAUACCUAUCCGACGCUUUACUGGCCAGAGUUGUCCACAGCCAGCAGCUCGACAGACAGCGAGGAGCUGGGUAGACUCUACCCAGUGUCGUUCCAGUUUCCGUCCUACUAUGUAGCAGAGACCAUGGUACUUUACUGGGUGAUGCAGACCUUGAUACAUGCCAGCAUCUCUUUACUCUGCACCAGGUUAAUACAUGGCGAGACCAAGGACACCACAGGCCUUUCUGGUGAUGAUCGGUUAGGCAAAGGCAAUGAUUACACGUCUAUAAAUCAUAUGCAACAUAUAGUCCAGUCCUCAGACUUCAUGCUAUGGCCAGAGACAUCAGCUCGCUACAUCUGUCAGUCAGUGGAAUAUUUCUUACAAGGAGAGUUUCGUGGUAUGGGCGCUGGUGUUGUUCUAUCACCAUUAUUGGUAGUCAAAGCAUGUCUAUCGAGGUCAGCACGGAAUUUCUCCAGAGAGAUCAAGUGGAUUGACGAGGCGAUUGGGCGCAUUCAGCAUAAUGGGGCUGGGUUAGCUGCUUGUGUUUGA